AUGAAGUCACCGGCCGCGCUCAGCCACAAGGACAACACCAGUGCGACUCGCGAAGAGCGCUCGGAAACGACGGCAACGAAAGCGGUUUGCGCGACUUCAGGCGUCGAUGCUACAGACCCUUUUCAGGCGUUCACCAGCGUCUCUCGGAAGGCGACAAACAGUGUACAACUGUGCCACGCAGUGUCGAUGUUUGUUACCGACCGUGCGGACGUCGAGAGCGCUUAUGCGCAAGCUCUGCUUCAGCUCACACAGAACGUCAAGGCAGAAGAUUGGUCGAAGCAGUUUACAGAAUGCUGGGACACGUUUUGCUCGGCACUAGAGCACCUGGCUCAAGUGCGACGUGCAUUCGCGUUGACCAUGCAAAUGGCGAUUGUGCAGGAGACAGCAGCCUUUGCAGAGCAGCACGAGAAGCAGGUGCAUCGGUUGAUUACAGAGGGGACCGAUGUGCAUCGGGAUCAACAGCGAAUGGCUACUUUGUUGGACAAAGCGAGGAAAAAGUACGACAGCAAGUGCCAGGAAGCGAUUGAGAUCAUUGCAAUGAUGCGGAGGAGCGACAGCGUGUUAGCAGGAAAUGCCAACUCGUCGUUGUUGUGCCAAUCGUCGUCGGAAGAAGUGUCAGCUCCGAAAGAUCGAACUGAAAAACUUGCGACGGGUGCGGGCCACCUACUGACGAAGAUGUGGGAUUCCAGAUCUGCGUUUGGACGCAAUCCAUUGGAGCGACAACGAGCAAAGUUGUGCGGAUGUCUGGAAGAAGUCAUUGCCAUGGAAAAGCUCUAUCUCGGGGCAGUGGAAUGCACAAAUGCGCAACGUCUGGACUUUGAUAGGAAGAUCAGAGAGAAUCUGGACGCUUUCCAGCUGACCGAAGAGCGUCGUCUGGAGUAUCUUCGCGACAUGCUGAUGCGAAUGCAACAAGCCUUUAUCGAUAUCUUCCCACAGUCUCAGCAAGUCGUCGAGCAAAUGAAAACGAACAUCAAUCGGGUCAAUGAAACGGUCGAUCUCGAAAAAAGUUUUGAGAGCUCAGCAAGCCAGGAAGAAGUGGAUAUUGACCAAGCAGACUUGUCGAUCAACCCUUUCUACCUUCGUAUGACGCACAUCCAGGCGAUGUCGGACGACGGUCAGCGAAUGAUUCGAACGAUCAAAUCUGUCUUAGCAGAGCUUAUCGCUGGUGAAACCUACUAUUUGCAGUCGCUGCACAAACUGCUUCGAACGCAUGAGGUCGGUGGUCUUUCUCCGACUUCCAAUCAUUUUGUUACAUCAUCGUCCAGCGAGCAAACAAGUUUUGUGGGCGAUGAAGGUAAAACCAUAGUGAAGGGAUGGAUGGCAGUGAAGGAUCAAGUGAAACUUAUCAUGGAAGUUCAUCAGGAAUUCCAGUCGUUGCUCGUCGAGCCUGUGUCACUCAGCCUUGACACCAUGAAGAGCGAGUAUGAAAGCACUAGAGUUUCAGCGCAAAAAGACUUCUUGAAACUGCACUCGACACUGUGCAACGAGACAUCUGCACACAGAAGGCUUCAGCAGGAGCUUGACAAGAUGUCACGGAACUUCGUCACGGCGUAUACAAACUUGUCCGGAUCAGCUGCCGCAGACACCACUUUUGACGACAUUGACGUCAGCCAAGCUCUGAAAGCGCUGAGUGAUAAUGCGCGUUUGUUCGACGAGAAAGAAGACCAACCUGAAGCUAAAAUCCGGCAAGUUGCGGAUGAAAUUCGUCAAUCGCAAGCACAAGUCCUCCAAAGCACGAAUUCCUUGCGGCAAACAUACGAGACUUAUGUCCAGGAAAUCGGGGCACUGAUUUUGGUGUACAAAAGAAACGAGAAAUAUCGUCUUCAGGUUGCCAAAUACUCGCUGCAAUCGCUGGCCAAAGCAAUCGAGCAUACGAUUUGCGGCAGUUUGUCAGUUGGAAAGAAGGCUAUGGCCAUCUUUGAGAAAAUCGAUCCAAGCAAAGAUGCGGCCAUGUUUAUCAGGACUGACCGACAACCGCUCGAACGCAGCAAAGAGAUUGUCGCAACUCAUCACGGCAACGACAGCCUGAACGACGUAAUGCAGAACUACCUUGCGUCGCGUGGAGAGUCGUUAGCAGAUGCUUUGGAAAAUACGGAUGCAAUUUCGUGCAGCUCUUUGGACAGCACGUAUAUACCGAUUUCGAUCAGCGGUGCUCCACCUUUACCAAAGAAGCUGUCGGCGCUAUCAAGUACACCGCUGGCAGGUGAUGGCAAAGCUCCGUCGGAAAAGGACAAUUUGGGAGGCGACGUAAUGUUUGAUGCUGAUGACAAUGCAUGCACCGAGCGAGAUGAGGGAUUUGUUGAAGCACAGCCUCUGGAGGUGUCCGACUUCCAGAAGAAGUUCAAGCUAGAUGAGCCUGAGGAAGUCAUUGGCAGUUUUUCGUGUGCUCUAUUUCUCUCAAACUUUCCGUUCCACGGACGCCUCUAUCUGACAAAAAGUCGAAUGUGCUUUUCGGGAUGGAUCGAGACGAUAUUUGUCGCGUCAUUUUCAGAUAUUACAUUGAUGGAAAAGAAAAACACAGCACUGAUCGUUCCGAACGCAAUCGAGUUCACCGUGAAAGAAGAGAAAGUAUUUUUUGCCUCAUUCGUCUACCGUGAUGAAUGUUUCCAAAGCAUAUUGCAAAUACGAUCCAUUCAGAAAGAGACUGAAGCGCUCAUGUCAGAUCUAGCAAAGCGUCAAGAGAAGACGUCACGAGGUGCUGAAAGUGAGUCCGAGGCUAAUCCCGACUCGAGAUGGCGAAGGGUUUCCGAUGAAUUAGUUGCUAUUGCUUCAGCUACAGAUGCUAGACAUAUCUCCAUCGGCACUGCUGACGCAAUGUGCACUGAAGAACGCAUUCAUUCACCAUCGUUCUCAGUCAAUUGCGUGACGUCUGAUGCCACGCCAAUCGUCUUGGAAAAAGAUGUUUUCUUGGACGAGUAUGAUCUGCUAUUGAACGAGCAAGUCGCAUUCAGUGUCGAUACAGCCUUUUCGACAUUAUGGAUCGAGUCCGACACCUUCUUCUGCAGCCUUCUUCAUGCUGCUGGCUCAACGAGCGUAUCAUUGUCACCCUGGAAAAAAGGAGCAUUGUUAUACGCAGCUGUCAGCAAGCCGGACACGUUCCAGUCCUCUCGGUUGGUGACGUAUACGCACAACAAAAAGUACAUGGUUGGGCCCAGUGUCAUACCAACGACGCAAACUCAGCGCUAUGCGUACACACCCGGCACUCGGCUCGUUGUGAGCACAACCACGAGCAUUUCCAAUGUACCAUACUGCGAUCAUUUUCGCAUCGAACAUCGAUGGGUGUUCAGUGCUACGAAGAAGAAGGGCACGAGCUUGGCACAGGUGGGACUGCGUGUGCGGUGGUUGAAAAACACGUGGCUGAAGAAACAGAUUGAAAGCACCACUGUCUCCGAAUCGAAGGAUGCGCUGAAAAUGUGGCUAAGUGCCGCUCUCGAUGCAACCAAAGAGCUGGAUGCAACUGAGAGCAGUGCUCGUUCUCCCGAUCGUGCACGCGUAAACUCAUCAAAGUCCGUUGGAAGACGAGAAGAGCAUUUGCCAAAGUCGACAUUGCAGCACGGCGCUGCCUGUACGGAUUCACCUGCAGCAACGUUGGCACAUGCCGAGUCUGCGCCGACUCUGGGUCUAUUGACACCCCUCCACUCGACGCUCCAGAUAGCCAUCGUACUUUGUACGCUCAUGUUCGCCUACACGAUGUACCGGAUGUGUGCUGCUAUGGAUGAAAUGCAGACGUUGACACGAGAAUCACUGAGACAGCAGCGCGACCAGUACGAGUUGCUGAAAACGCUUUUGUAUAAGCGCGAAAGCAGAUAUGCGUAA